CACUUCCACCACGAGACGCACGACAUCCAACCCCCAUGGCGACGCAAAAUCCAAAUUCGGGUGUGCCUAUCACCAUCCAGCCCGAGAGCGACAUGCAGCGUGUCCGUCUUCUCGAGCUGCCCGUCGAACUUCUAGCCCAGGUCACUUCCGAGAACCCGCCUAAAUUCUACAUCAAAUCCAAGCAAGUUCUGCCCGGCAGCAAUGCGAAAGAAGCACACUCUGUCCUCUGCACACCGGACGCGACAUAUCAAAUCCGCCAAGUCAGCACGUCCAACAGUGUCUAUCUAAUCCAGCCCCACGAUCUAUCAGAUCCUGACCCCGGUCCCGUUGGAGGGGUACCCAGAGUUGGAGUCGAAGCUGUGGCCAAGUGCGAUACGAGUAUCGAGCUACUGCCAACUUCUGCCACCUCGGCGGCUCCAUAUAUCCAAGCUGCGCUACCAAUCUAUGCGUCUACGGGUAACUAUGGCACUGUCGACGGCGGAGGUUACGCCACCAAGCGCGAGUUGUUUUCGCAUAUCCCGCUGAGCGAUGCUGAAUGCGAGGCUGGAUGGCGACAACUGGCGUGCUUUGAGUCAACAGAUCCACCAGGCUGCUUCGUUCCCAGCGCAAAGGUCAAGGCUGAAGUGUGGCAGUCGGCGAUGACCGCAGCUGUGGCAGAUGGAUUCGAUGUCUGUUCUCCAUUUCCCGAGAACGACAUUCCUGCGUAUGCUAUCGACCUGCCUGGCGACUGGCCACGGGACAUCGUGAUCGGUGUGUUCGCGAGUGUCUCCAGUUCAACACCUGGAGGACAUCUUGCUGUCGAUGGAGAGAAGGCCGUUCGUUUCGCGGGCGUCACUUUGUUGCAGGCCAAGUCAGAAGGCAGAGCGAUCGAAGCUACAGGUAUCUUGAAAGCCUGGCGAGAUGCGGUGCCCGAGGCAUGGCGCAGCAAAUGCGAAUUUGCAGUCCUGCAAGGCUAUUACAGCAUCGAAGACAACGCCAAAUCGAUAAGAUACGUCGACACCACGGCCAAUGUCAAAAUUGCAGCCGAAGCCUCAGCGAAAGAAGCCAAGUCGCUAGGAGCCAAAAGGAAAUGGCACGAGAAGUUCAAAGCUUCGAAAAAGACAGCCUAAUUCUGUCAUCGUCACAAUGCGA